ACCAUGACCUGAGCCAAAGUCAGACGCUUAACCGAGCCACCCAGGCGCCCCCAGGUUAGUUUUAAUGUAUAGUUGUGAUUCUAACAUCAGAAACCUUCACUGCAUUCUUACUCAUUUUCAAAUUAUAUGGAGAUCAUUCUGCCUUAAAUUGACAGCAUAUCAUACUUUACCUUAAUUAUCUUUCCAGCUGUCUCUCCUGUUGUUUCGUUAUAGUAAAGGUUUUCAACCUUUACUGUAUAUCCAUAUCAUCUAAGAAGAUUAUUUUAAUACCUGAACUGCAAAGAUUCCAGUUCCCAGUAAGAUGAGGAAAUCAGGAAUAUGACUGAGCCACCCAGGCAUUCCCAGAAAGACUAGAAUUUUAAAUAACACUGAAGUGGGGGCAGAUUUCCAGUUUUCCUCUGGUGUUCCUUAACCUAGAUUAAGGCCACUUAAAAAUUAGAAGUUGUUGCUGAGGCAUGACUAAGAGAGUUCAAAGAAAAGCCUUAUAUUUUUGGCUUGAGGAAGAAGGAAGGGGACUACUAACACUCAGAAACAGUGAAAGAAAUCCCCAGUUUUCUUUUUCUUUUCUCCUUUCUCUUAUGGCCCAGUCUGCAUACAGUCCUGCAGGGGUAAAAAUCACAGCAGCAUAUGGAGCCCAUAUGCACCUAAAACUCUGAAAGUAGGAAACCUUCUCUUCUGGAAUAUAGGACUCAGAAAGUGUAGGGCAACUUGUGUUACAUGUUUCUUUUUCUGUCUUUUGUGCUUGACACUGCAGAAAGAUGCAGUUGUGUGAUAUGUACUCCAGAGUUGGGUAACUAAAGCCCUAGCUUUCUGCCAAAGAACCAAAAACAGGAAUUCUGGGGAACUAAAAGUUGCAAAGGGAAAAUCUAGGGAAAACAACCUUAUAUAAAGUUGUUUAUGAAUUUUAGAUCUCACUCCUGAGUUGAGCAUUUAAGGAUUUGAUCCUAAACAGCAUACCCAAGACUGACAACUGAACUAAGAGGUAGACUGGCCCCCAGUUUCCAAGCCAGCCACUCAGUGUCUCCUACACAGAAUAUUUUAAUAUCACUGCAAAACUUUAAAAAUGGAACUGAUACUGAAACUGCAACCACAAAAGACUGACUAGAAUUUAUAGUUGUUACAACCAGGUUGAUUGCCUGCUAAAACAAAAAUAUUAACAUUCUCCAUAGGAUAUAAACAUGACCCAGAGUUUUAUAGUAUUUUUAAAUGCCUAGGAAAUAAUCCAAAAUUAGUCAGUAUAUGAAGAACCAGGAAAAUUUUUAACUCUCAUAGGAAAAAAAAGAACAGAUGCCAUUGCUAGGAUGACACAGAUGUUGAAAUUAUCUGACAAGAUUCUGAAGCAGGUAUAUAAAAUUGCUUCAGAAAAAAAGGCUGACAAGAUGGCAGAAGUAGAGCAGAAGAAGCGCACCUUCCAUAAGUUCUCAUACCACGGUGUGGAUCUAGACCAGCUGCUGGACGCGUCUUACAAGCCGUUGAUGCAGCAGUAUGGGGCUGUGCAGUGGUGGCAGCUGAACGGGAGUUUGCAGAGGAAGCCUCAGAAGGAUGCUCUCCCCAUGGAGAAGUCCGAGGUGGUUAAGAAGCACCUGUGGAACAUGAUCAUCCUGCCCAAGGUGGUGGGCAGUGUGGUGGCUGUCUACAAUGCCAAGACCUUCAACCAGGUGGAAAUUAAGCCCAAGGUGAUUGACCACUACCUGGGCAAGUUCUUCACCACCUACAAGCCUUUGAAGCAGGACAGGCCCAGCAUCUGGGCCACCUACUCCUCCUGUUUCAUCUCUCCCAAGUAGCCUGUUUAGCCAAUAAAGACACAGACUUCUCUAGUCAAAAAAAAGAAAAAAGAAAACUCCAGGAACCAAGAGCAUACAUUCUUGAAAAGAACAGAAAUUUAGAAAA